AUGGAGGCGUUCGCCGCGGGCGUGCGGCGGACGAUCAAGCGCGCGGAGGCGUCCGUGGACGACGUCGUCCGCGCCGCGCGUCGCGGAGACAUCGUCCUCGACGUGCGAUCGCCCGGGGAGUACGCGCGCGGGCACAUCCCGGGCGCGACGUCGAUGCCGCUGUUCACGGACGACGAGCGAGCGAAGGUCGGGAUCGCGUUCGCGAAGCAAGGAAGAGGCGUCGCGAUGGUCCUCGGCAUGAAAGCGACGCGACCGAAGCUGGAGGACAUCAUCGCGACGGCGAGCGCGUUGGUGGAGGAGAGAAAGAAGAUCCGCGACCGCGAUGGCGGCGACGGCGAGAGAGGAGGCGCGACGACCGCCGUGUACGUGCACUGCUGGCGCGGCGGGAUGCGGUCGUCGAGCGUCGCGUGGUUCCUUCGCCGGUCGCUCGCCGACCGCGGCGUCGACGUUCGCGUGAUGCGCGGGGGGUACAAAGCGUUCCGGCGGUGGGCGUCGCCGCCGCGCGGUCCCAACGUAUGCAUCGUCGGUGGACGCACGGGGGUGGGUAAAACGCGCGCGCUUCUGGCGUUACGCGACGCCGGCGAGCAGGUCAUCGACCUCGAAGGCCUCGCGUCGCACAGCGGAAGCGCGUUCGGGUGGGUGGGACGACCGCCGGAGCAGCCGACGUCGGAGCACUUUUCGAACCUCGUGGCGUGCGCGUGGGCGGGAUCGAGACCGUCCCCGCGUUGGGUGUUCAUCGAGGACGAAGGCCCGCACGUCGGGAAGUGUUCCGUGGACCCGGGGUUGUUUCAUCGCAUGCGCCACGCGCCGCUGGUCGUGAACGUCGUCGCGCCGUCGGAGGUUCGGUUGCGCGUGCUCGUCGAGGACUACGCGUCGGAGGAACACCGCGCGGCGCCCGGGUGGUUGGAAUCGAUGACGGAGUCGCUCGAGAAGUUACAAAAACGGCUCGGUGGCGAGCGUUGUAAUUCGCUCGUGACGCGGUUGCGGAGUGGCGACUACACCGCGGUCGCGGAGGGCCUUUUAGAGUACUACGACGACCUGUACGACAGACACCUGGGGAAGAAAAGAGUGGAGAAGGGCGCGAUCAAGACGAUCGCCGCAGAGACGCAAAAGCCCCGGGGCGGGGUGCAGAAGAUCGUCAACGCGCUGCCGGUGGGGGAAGCGCGCGACGGGAGGCACCCCGACGCGCUGGACGUCGACGCGCUCGUGAUGGAUAUCUUGAAAACGGUGCGCGCGUUCGAGGAGGAGGACGCGUCCGUUCCGUAAAGUCGCGCGCCGUAUUCGUAGCUCUAAGAUAUUUCUCUCAUCGUAGACGACGAGACUUUCCC